AUCAAACAUGCAAAAUGUUUGUGAAAUGUGAAUUGCGGUAUUUCAAUAAAAUAGACAUGACUCAUGUUUACUUCUAAAUAUUUAUAUAAACACGCUUAUUUGUACAAAUAAUGGAUAUAAUUCUAACUGGAAAUCUCAAAAGCAUGAAUAUUGAAGUAAUUUUAAAUACCUUUCUAUUUUGUAUUUUUUUGAUAUAAAAAAGAUCUAAGAUAUUACUUGCUCUGUGAUCUAAGAACAAAGAGUACAUAAUGUUUUCACAAGAAAACAACAUGGAGAAUAGACACGCACCGCCAGGGGUUAAUUCUCGAUCCUUGACUGCUGCCCAGUCUGCCGCUGAGUUGGAGGUAUUAAAAGAAAUAGAGCACGUAUAUUUCUCACCUCCGUCCGAAUUUGAUGCAGCUCGAUACGCGCUAGAGCACGCACCGUCACCGUUGAAUUGUGAUGAGAUUGAACAAAUGUUCACCAAGCUUAAACGGCAGCAACAGGUUGUUUCCGGAAAAGCGCUGCACCUCAUAUCCCAACAAAGAGACAACUGUGACCGGGAAUUCGAAGAAAUACAAAACAUCAAACAGCAAUUGGCACAAACGGUGGAAACGUGCAAGAAAGCGCGGGAAAAUCUACAAAUAGCUUCCAACCAUCUUACUGUCUCCACCUUCGUCAUACUAGCUAAUGUGAGAAAGAGACAGAUAAUUAAAUCAGUGCUCAAAUCUCUAGAAUUAUUACGAAGCUUGAGAAGUGUGGAAAAAGAUGUCGCUGACCUUCUAGUCAAGAAGGAAUAUUAUGAAGCAAUAGAGCUUAUAUUGAAAAGCAAAAAAGCAGCCGCGAAUCACAAAGAAUAUACGUGUAUAGCGGACUUAGCUUCUAGACUACAAGAUACACUUGAUAUGACUGAGGAGAAAUUAGAUUCAGUACUGUCCAGUAUAUGUUAUAACUUCGAUGAAGAUGUGUUUAAAAAAUUAAAAAAGGCAUAUGACCUUUUGGGCAAAACUCAAGCGGCUAUGGAACAACUGCACAUGCAUUAUUCGUCAGCGGUCAACGAAUCUGCCAUAGAAGCGAUCAAACCGUUUCUAAAUGAUACAUCAGAAAUGAAGUUUCAAGAUAUGUGCCAAGCGGUUUUCGCCAACAAAGCUCAUAUAUGUCUUCUAAAUUUGUGCGAAAAGUUAUUUCAAGUGAUGCGAAGUUAUUAUCUCCUAGUAAAUUGGUAUGCGAAACACGAAGAAGCGACACCCAGUUCGUCAAAUGUCUUCGAUAUAGAGAAAAAUGUUAGUCGGGAGUACAUAAAGCAGAAGUUAAAAGCUGGUUUAAUAAGGAUAUGGCAUGACGUUCAAAACAAAGUGUCCACGUUUCUCAAGAGUUCAGGAUUGGAAGAAUACCCAUUUGAGAAAUUCAUACAAAUGCUUGGAAUUUUACGGAAGUUGACACAAGUGGCUGAAGUCUUUUGUGGUGACACGUCCGACCUUUUACAAGAUUUUAUAAAGACGCAAAGCGUUUCGUAUAUAAAGAACUACCAUAAAGGAAGGAUGGAAGAACUAAAACUGUUCUUAGAAAACGAAGGUUGGGAACAAUGUCCCGUAAAGUCCACAUUUACGCUGCUAAAUUUGCAAGAGUUCAAACAGUUUAAGAGAUAUUUUAAGGCAAAAUCGGACGUGGUUAUGAAAAGUUCGCAAUCCGAUGCGACAUCUUCCGUUCAUUCACAAGAUGACAGCGUGUAUAUAUCGAAGUACUUCACGCAGAAAACGUCAAGAACACCGUUUGAAAUAUUCCGAAAUGAUAAUAUAACAAAUGAUGACAUAUUCGGUCUGGAACCAGAAUCGGAUCCAAGUGAUGAGUCAGAUGAAGAGCCAGAUGAGUUAAGAAGAGAUUUUGUGGACGACGCCGAUAGAAAUGACGUCACAAAUCAAAUGAGUCCUUCAAAGAUCAAAGAUAGCAUAAUAGUCACAAAUACAACGCUAUCUGUACUAAGAAAUUGCGGGCAGUACUUACAAAUAAGCAGAUAUCUACCCCAAAUAUCACUAGAAGUUAUAAUGCUAAUGAACCAGCUGUUUGAUUAUUAUUUCUACGCAGUGCAUUUGUUUUUCACGUCCGAUCUAGAAGUAUCUUCAUCAACGCUAUAUACGUCCAAAUUAAACGCAGCCUUAAAGCGAAUAUCAAACAGUAUCUAUGGAGACGACAAAACAUACGACAGUCCUAAUAUACCACAGCAUUUGGACAUGAACAGUGAAGCAAAUUUGCACGGUUUAAGCGAAAGAAUAGUCGGGGUUGAAAGCGUGAUAUUCUUGUCGAAGCAAUUUGAGAUUUUACAACCGUACUUAGAGUCGAUAGUCGCGCAGCACCAAAAGAUGAUUUUAGAGCAUUUUAGAGAUAAUACCCUAGCGGUUGUAACGGAUUUACGUAUGCCUGUAUACAUGUGCUCUGCAUCUAAAGCCUUAGAUGCUAGAUCGGCUUUAAUAGCCAUGUCUCAAGUGAGGUGGGAUGUGAAAAACGUUGCAGUAGAACAUAGUCCUUAUGUAGAUAUGAUAACCCGGAAAAUACAAGUGUUUGCGUUAAGGUUGGAGAAUAUAUCGUCGAAGAUAACUCUCAAUUUUGAGGUUAUAAACUCAGUUUGGGCAAUGGUGUCAAAGUUUAUAGUUCACUUGUUAGUGGAAGGGUUUUCUAACGCGACGAAAUGUUCGAACGGUGGUCGGGGGUUAAUGCAAUUGGAUUAUAGGCAGUUAUUCGUGAAAUUGGAGAAGAUAUCUGGUUUAAAGCCAGUGCCGUUUCAGGAAUAUGUCGAUAGAUAUGUAAAAGCGUAUUAUUUGCCUCGGAAUGAACUAGAAUCUUUCGUCAGGGAACAUGUGGAGUACUCUAAUAAGCAUCUACUCGCUUUGAUAGGAUGUGCCUGUGAAAAUAAGAAGGACAAACAAGCCCUUAUAGCUAUAGUUGAAAGCCGGGAAUCGGCUGCGUAGUAAAGCGUAUUUUAAACUAGGUGUAACAAUUUGUUCAGAAUAUUAUUGAAGUGAAACUUUAGGCGCGUUGAGAGUAAAAUUUCAAGGUCGCGUCAUGGCAAUACCGUCAUGUCAUGGAGUAAGGCGACGAUUUUGGUAUCUUUGAAUCUUGCCAUAGAAGUUUCACUUCUGACACGUGUGCUCGGCACACACGCUCUUUUUUGUUCUUAUCUAUUUAGUCUAUUUUUAUUCUCAAAAAUUUCGUCACAGAAACACCUUUUUUAAGUUAGGCGAUGUCUUUCGGCCGGUUUAAAAAUUGAAAAUUGAUUGGAAUAAGGUUUAAGAAAGUGUCUGUGUAUGUCACACACAAAAUAUUAAAGCAGCUUUUAAGCAUGGUUUGAGACGUUCUUAACAUAAAAUACUCAAUUCAGAUACUGGCCGAUAGACAUCGUCAAACUUAAAAAGGUGUUUCUGUCAAGAAUUUAUUUGGGAAGAAAAAUAGACUGG